GCAAUCGGCCACCCCAUGCCUGAAAUUCAGUGGUGGUUUCAGGUGGACGAUAACAAUGAGAGCUUUUCUCAGCUUUGGGAUGGAGCACGCGAAGACCAUGUGCAGAUGAACGCAACCUAUAUCUUCCACGCUACAAGUACUCUCUAUCUUUUCGACCUCAGCCCAGAAGAUUCUGGGACCUAUGAAUGCCGUGCCAGCAAUGAUCCGGAUCGUAACCAUUUGACAAAGAUUCCCCGCAUCAAGUGGAUUCGUUCCCAGGCCAAUGUUCUUGUCAUAGACCAUCCACUUAUUAUAACGCAUUCCCCAGAUGCAUCAGGAGGAGACUUAAGCUGCAAUUUAACAGACACUACACUUUUAGUUUCUGGUCACCAGUGGCUUAAGGGUGAUGCAGUGCUUCAUGAAGAUACAGAAUCCUCUCAUUUUAUGACUUAUAAUAUUAGCGAUGUUAACGCAGCAAGCUCUGGACAGUACAUAUGCAAGUUCUUGACUUCACCUGAAGUGCAGGAAAUUAUUAACAUAACAGUUGCUCCACAUGUUGUAGCUUACAAGAAAAUGGAACAUGGCAAUGAGGGAGACACAGGAGUCCUGACGUGUAAAAGUAGCUCCUUUCCUUACGUGGAAGAGUGGACAUGGUACAUAUUAUCUGAAGACGGCAUUAAGCCCAUAGUGAAUGGAUCAGAGGAACGCUAUAUUAUAAAAUCCACUGGAAAUAAGACAGAGCUUCGCAUUCACCAACUGGAUAUUGAGAAGGAUCAGGGUGAUUAUAUUUGCAAUGGAUCCAAUGUGCUGGGCAUUAACGGGACCACAGUUUCCCUUCGUGUGCGUAGCCGUCUUGCUGCACUCUGGCCCUUCCUUGGCAUUGUGGCGGAAGUUCUGAUUCUAGUAACCAUCAUCUUCAUCUAUGAAAAAAGGAGAAAGCCUGAUGAGCUACCUGAAGAUGAAGAUGGCGGAUCUGCUCCUCUGAAAAGCAAUGCUGGGGCAAACAAUGACACUGUGCGACAGAGGAACUCCAGCUGAGUCACAGGUGAAUGGAAGGCUACACAUUAAGCAAGCACUGAUGUUUUACACUCAGAGUACACAAGUUCCCUGUCCUGUGAUUUUUUUUUUAAUAUUAUCUGACAUUUCCUCUUAUAUAUUUUUUUUUUGUUUUUCUCUGUUGUGUGAAACUUAGUCUUCGGCUUGCUACAUAAACGAUAUCAACUGCUGGAUGAUGUAUAUGUGAUUCCACUUCUGCUGAGGGGCUACUUGUUACUAGAUGUAUGUGUAACAGUUGUCAGACAUCUUAAUUACUGGCACAUGAAGGUUCAGCCUUUAUAAAUUCCUAUUUUAUUAUUCUUUGAUCCUUUUUGCCCUUUGAUCUGUGACUUCAUUGUGUGUAAAAAUGUGUGUUCUAGACUAUUGCAGAGAGAAUGCAAUCUGCAUGCAGGACAAAACUGUCGUGUAUAUUUUCAACUUGAGUGAUUGCAGAACUCCUUAUCCUGUGGUUCACACUGUCUAAUGUCUGUCCUUGGAAGUUUGACACUGGAUUGUUAAUUUGCGUCUGAAGAGAAACCACAAUAAAGAUUUUCCAACUUUUA